UAAUUUGUAUAUAGAGAGAGAAGGAGAAAGAUUGAAAGAAAGGCAAUUCCCACUUAAGGUAGUUACAAAAGAUAAACGAGGGAAAGGGCAUAGUCCAUUGCUUCCAACUCAAACAAUACAAAUUUAUUUUUAAAAACCAAAAAGCCACAAACCAGAAAAAGCACCAAAAAUCAAGCACCUUGCAUCGUCUUCAAGCAAUCACUCUAUUCAUUAUCACAAUCUUACAUAUACUAACCACAUUUUCAUGUUUUCAAAGACACGGAUAGAGACAGAAUCCAGAGAUAGGCCAAUAGUUGGAGCAAGCUUCCAUGGAGUCAGCCAUGGCGGAAGCCCUUCUAUACGGCCAAACUGAAGCUCAGAUUGCCGCGGCCAGAGCGAUUGGGAAGCUCGACACAAUGCAGAAGAAAAGGCUAGCUGAAAGUGGAGCCAUUUCUCCCCUGAUUAUGAUGCUCCACGCCCAGGACUAUGAAUCAAUUGAGGCUUCUCUGUUUGCUCUGCUCAAUCUCGCCUUCGGAAGUGAAAGGAAUAAGCUGCUGAUCGCGGAAGCAGGAGCCGUUCCAGCUCUGCUCAAGAUUCUUCAGUGGCGGAACGAGAGCUUGAUGGAGCUGUCGCUCGCAGCUCUGUUGAUUCUCUCUUCCUGCUCCCGAAACAAGAUCGAGAUCGCGUCGUCGGGGGCGAUCCAGCUCCUCGUCGAGCUUCUGAAUUCUCUCUCCCAAAACGUCGGUAGCAAUCAAGCCAAAUUCGACAUCGUAUCCACAUUGCAUAAUCUGUCGACAUCUCCCCAGAUAAUCCCUCUGAUCGUCGUCUGCGGCGGCGUGAUCGUGCUCAUUCGGUUGGUCUACGAGUCGGAGAAGUCGUCGGACUUGGUGGAGAAGGCGAUGGCCUUGCUCGAAUCGCUCGUUUCUUCAUCACAGGUUGCUUUAAAUCAGGUUAGUGAGACGGGCGGGGCGAUCCAGAUGGUGGUGGAGGCGGUGGAGGAGGGGACGGCGGCGUGUCGGGAGCACGCGGCGGGAGUUCUGCUGAUGAUAUGCAAGAGCUGCAGGGAGACGUAUAGAGGGCUGAUUUUGAGGGAAGGGGCGAUGCCGGGGUUGUUGCAGUUGAGUAUUGAUGGUACGUGGCUUGCUAGAAAGAAGGCUAAAGCGUUGCUCUUGUUGCUUAGAGACGACGACGACGGUGGGUCGUCAUCGUCGUCGUCGUCGUCGAGGGGGAAGCAUGCGGUGGUGAAAGAGGUGAUGAGGCAGAUUGAUAGAGGAGAGAGGGCCGGAACUUCUCUUCAGCUGGUGGAGGAGAUGAUUGCCAAACUUAGGACAUGAUCUAAUGUUGUUUUUUAGUCGCAUUUCAUGUUUUCUUGUUUGGCGCAAAUUAGAAUGUUGAGCUUUAGAAUUUUUCUUUUUUUGAGCAUGGAUUUGUGUUUCUUUCUUCGUGUACAGAGGCAGUUAGUGGAAUUAUUAUCCUCUCAUUUCAGAGAUGUUGGAAGCUA